CACAAUGCCAUAAGCCCACAAUAACCGUUCGAGAGAAGAGGCCACAAUUCGACUUUCUAUCCUAUUACAAAAGACUAAACCCUUGAGUCCUAAAGCCACCGCAAUCGCCGUCGUUCACCGUUGCCGUUCUCGUUUGCUAUCGUUGUUCAACAAAUACCACUCUCAAGGCUUUCGCUGUCGUUGUUUAGAUUGACGGCAGAGGGUAUAUAAAGAUUUCUAAAAGACACACGAGAGAGAGGGAGAAAGAGAGAGUUGCAGAUAGAAUCUGAAAUUUAAACGAUCGAACCAGAGAAGUGUCGAAACUGAUAUUCGAAAUCUUGAAGCAUGGGAAAAUCAAGACAAGAUUCUAUGACUAAAGCGGAUCGGAAAUUCGAGAAGAAACUUGAAUUUUAUACCAAGGUUAGGGAUACGGUUGCCAGUUUGACUGCCCAAAAGUCCAUUACUAAGAAAAAGAAGCUCCGAAGUCGACAGAAGAAAUUGAAAGCAUAUGAUCUGUCUGCACUUACAGAGUUCCUUCCGGAGUUGACGGCUUCUCAGAAACAGCAAUCAACUCCUGCAGCUGAGUUUAAACUGAAUUGUAAAUCUAGACAAAAACUAAUAUUGAAGGAAGGGAAACAAUUGGGUACUGUUCUUAACCAUCCUGCUUUCCAGUCAGAUCCCCUGGGAGCCAUUCAUCAACACUUACAGAGUACACAACCGGUUAUGGAUGAGAAACCAAAGAAGUUGGGCAAAAAUGGGGGGAAGAAAGUAAAGGGGAAAAAAUGUAAAGCGUCGACUAAAUGCCAAUCUAUGGAUUUCUGAAUGGGCAUCUGUCUGGAUUUGUGUUGCGGUAACAUUCUAGUUUUGAAUGUUAUUGCCUUUCCAUGUUGAGAAACAACUCAUUUUGAGGAAGUUCCAAAUAUUAAUUGCUGAAGUUGCAUGAGAUUUACUUGCCAACUUUUCCUCUCCA